GAGAGAGAGGCUGCCAUGACAGCGCUUCUUGAUGCACAAGUGUUUUGACUUGCGUGGACUUCUGUUAUAAUCUUGUUCUGAAUCAACUCAAACUACCUUUACGUCAUUUUGUGUGGAUAAAGUCGUGAUCCAAUCAGCCAACAUGGGUAAAGUGGAAGGAGGGAUGAAAUGUGUGAAAUAUCUCUUGUUCGUCUUCAACUUCAUAUUUUGGCUGAUGGGAUCCUUUGUUAUGGCAGUGGGACUGUGGCUUCGUUUUGACCCAGAAACUGUGUCCUUGCUCAACGGUGAUAAGGCUCCGGACACAUACUUCAUUGGUGUGUACAUACUGAUUGGAGCAGGCAGUCUGGUGAUGUUGGUUGGUUUCUUCGGAUGUUGUGGAGCUGUUCGAGAGUCUCAGUGCCUGCUGGCUUCAUUCUUUGCCUGUCUGUUGAUCAUCUUUGGAGCUGAGGUGGCAGCAGGCGUGUUUGGAUUCCUAAACAAGGACAAGAUAAUUGAAGACAUUCAGAACUUCUAUGCCACGACCUACAAUGAAAAUACCAACAGCACACUGAUCACCACGUACCAGAAAGUAUUGAACUGCUGCGGGACGCUGGCUAACAACUGUCCCGAUCAAGAACCUGACAUGAAAGACUGCGAGACAGGCAUCAGGGAUUUCUUCAACAGUAAACUCUACAUCAUUGGCUACGUUGGCAUCGGCAUCGCUGGAGUUAUGAUCAUUGGGAUGAUCUUCAGCAUGGUGCUCUGCUGUGCUGUACGUAACAGCAGGGAGGUCAUCUAAAGGACUCUGGCACUCAAACUUAGCCCAGAGAGACUGCAGCCAAUAUCCAUCAUCUUUCAACUGAGCAUUGUCCUCUUCUGUCUUUCAUUUCAGUCAUCACUUCCUACCAUGCUGAUGGGAUUUAGCCCAUCUCUUAUGGAGCAAUAUUACAUUGCCCUUAAUAUGUUAACAGUUUUUUUUGCUGUUGUGCCCCAUGGUCAUUUGGCAACUGCAAACCUAAAUACAGUACUUACACAAGGUUUUACAAACAGCCUUGAUAACGACCCCUCAGCUCAUGAGAAGACAGCAGACUGCAGAUUAGGUUUAUUUAUCUUCGCUAUUGAGUCACGCUCGCUCAUGUUUGCUCGCAAAACAUGAAAUUACAGCCAGCAACUGUCUUGGUUAACCUAACAUUAAUAUUGUAAACAGAGGCAGAGAAGUAUAUUGUUGCUUUAAGUAAGUACCAAUGAUUGUCACACACACACUAGGUGUGGUGAGAUUAUCCUCUGCAUUUGACCCAUCCCCCUCACCCCCUGGGAGGUGAGGGGAGCAGUGAGCAGCAGCGGUGGUCGCGCCUGGGAACAAUUUUUGGUGAUUUAACCCCCAAUUACAACCCUUGAUGCUGAGUGCCAAGCAGGGAGGUAAUGGAUGUCAUUUUUAUAGUCUUUGGUAUGACUCAGCCGGAGUUUGAACUCACGACCUACCGAUCUCAAGGCCGACACUCUAACCACUAGGCCACUUUAGUUAUCAAAUUAAACAUUUUUGGUACAGUAUACCUAAUAUAUUCUUUUAAUCGGUCCGUAAAAUUCUAGGCAUGUGAAUGUUGUCAACAUUCUCACCUAAGAGCAGAUUCACAAAUGAUGCAAAACUCAAUGAAUGAUUUAGUAUCUACAUUAUGGCGUCAAAACAGUGCCAAAACGCAUCUUUUUUUGCGCAAGCGCGGACUCUUUUUACGCUGGAGCGGACAAUGUUUGCUCCUGCAUGGACUCUGUCUCUGUCUCUCUGUUUCCCUGCACGCACGGUGUUCCACCCUUUUGGCACCUAAAAUUAUUCCAACCUUUCUGAUUAGUCACUUGAAACGUCUACAGUCUCCUGGUCAGAGCCAAAACGAGGGAACUGUUAUCGUCGAAUGGUGUCCCUUUGAAGAAGAGUAAAGAGAGUCUGAAGUUUAGACAAAAUAAGCCAUUACAUAAUUUCUUAUGAAUUAAGGUGCUUAAAAUAAAAACAAUAAAAUCACUCAAAUUUGAUCACAUUGUGAGGGCAUCACACUCGGGACUAUUGUGACAUCAGAGCAUUGAUAAAUGAGCUGCCUUGUAUCAUAUAAAAUACUGGUACAUCUAUGUAAGGCAACAUUGCAAUAACCUGGUGGGGUUAUAUCCAGGAAAACAUGUUGCCAAUAGAUAUAAGCGGUCUUUACAAGUUGUUAAAGAUCGCAAUUUUUGACAUUUUCACACGGCAUUGUAAUGUUCGUGUAAAGUUGCUUGCAGCUUGACCCCAGGAAGCAAAGACUGAAGGUGAAGCCCAGGAAAAUAGUCCAUUUAUUAUGUAGGUUACAAACCAGGGAGCACCAGUGUGGUCGAAGUCAGAGUGGACCACGAGUGAGUGUACAAAAAAAAACAGGAAUUGGGAAUAACAUUUAGUUCACAAAGAAUGCUAGUGCAGCAUGGAAGUGCACAAAAAACAAGAUGUAAUGCAGUCAAGGGCACAAAGCAAAAUCAUCCAGCCUCGUCCUACUAACGAAGCUGGCUUAAGAGGCAUCGUGAUUGGCAAACAGGGACAGGUGAGGGAGCCAGCGCUCGGACUACAGGAAGUGGAAACAAAUUAAGAGCGCUGGACAGGAAAUAAUACUGAAAAUUAGGGAAACAAUAACCAAAAAGUCAAGGCAGUCGUGACAUCAUCAUGAUAACUUGUAAUGGCAUGGUUUAAUAGGUUGGAGCAUGUAUCUUAGAUGACAAAAUACACAAACAUUUGGUUAUUUUGUCUAAAAACUCUAAUCUUUUUCACAAGGGACACAAAAUAGUGUUUUUUUAUGCACUUGGAUUUUGACACAAUACUACAUUCUGUAAUACAAUAAAUUGAUAUUGCCCUUUAAGGGUGACAUCUAAUCACCAUUUGAAAGUAGGUGUGACAUACAGUAAAUAUCUUCUGGUCAUUUUACAGUUUCUUUCAACAAUCGCUAACGUAAGUCAGGAACAUGUAAUGUAUGUUGAUUGCAUGUUCGGAAGGCCAAGCUUGGGGAAAUUCACCUAUCUAAGAUUUUACAGUUUUUUCCAUUUGCUUACACACAAUUUUACUAACUGAGUGUCUUUUUUCAAAAGAUAUAAACACUUUUCCAAACACCACAUUUAAUUUUCUUAGUUCCUAGAUUAUUUGCAGAAUGACAUACUUUGAUCAAAACAUAUGCCCAUUCAUCAAAAUAAAGCAAGCAUUUGUGAAAAUGCAGUUUUAUAUUCAUCUCACUCACUCACACAGACUUCAAAUGAUAAGACACUAUUGGAGUGAGUUACCCAUAAGAGUGAUAAAUACAAAACACAUUUGUAAAAAAAAACUAUUUUACUAUAAGAAAUCACAUGUUUGGGGCAUUUUGCCCGGCAGUUUUAACAUAUGUGAUGAAUGAUUACUGUAACUUGACAAAAUAUAUUGGCAAAUCCAUAGCAAUCGUCAUUGUUUACUUUGAAGUGGGCCUAUACGUAAGGACCUAAAGAAAAAGCAAAAAAUAUCCUGUAAUAUUUUCAAGAACUGCUCAACAAUGAUGCUGCAAACUGAAAAUAUGUAUUUUUACCACAGUCAGGUAAAGUUACAAAUAACAGUAGUCAACAAUGACAUAAAAUCUGAGACAAAUAAAAAAGUUUGAAAAAUGAUCUGGAGAUAAAUAAAAAUGACAGCAUAGAGUGUAGGCUACAUCUGCAGACUUAGGCAACAGCAACUCUAUGAAAGAAUGUACUCAAAAGCCUCAGUUACUAACUCUAAUCAUCACCUGCCCGUAGCUGGAUCAGGCCAUAUAUCUCAUCCACAUCACAUGUGCAAGAUGGGACGGUGUGUGUAAAGCAUUGUGUGGAAUAUUUCACAAAAACUGUGAAGCAGAGUCUAUGCCUAAUAUUCGGCAAAUCUGCACAGUGGUUUUGCUUACUGUGUGUAGUCUUUGUUAACUGUGUGAACAUUUAAAAUUUAGUGUGUAAGCAAUUUGAAAAAACUGUAAUCAGCAUGCACCCUCUGCUUUGAAAAAAAAUAUGUUUGGGUCGAGUGUAAGCGCUCCAUUGUGUGAAUAUAUAGUUGUACAUUUUAUGUGGAUGAUUUGAUUGUGCUGUGUGUAGAUAGAGGUUUGUAAUAGUUGAAUGUGUUUUGUAGUGGUAAAACAUCUACACGGCCAAAAACACAGCCUCUUAACGUGCCUUUUUCAAGCUUUUGUAGAGACAACAUGCUGCUGCAUGUAGAGGAAAUAGCAAUGCUGUCCAUAUGAUUGUGACGUUGGGACAGCAUUUAAUUAUCACUUUUUCAACGACUAGCACAUACUGUAUGAGUCACUCGACUCAUUUUUACUAUUAUUGUUUUUGUGUGUUUAAAAUGUCACUGAAGUGUGUGAGGAAAAUCGGUUGAAAAGAAUGUUGAUUUUGUUAAUACACGUAAACAAGCUUUUUUUUCGUGGCUGCACAAGCAAAUGAGCAGAGGCUGACGUUACGCUGCAGGCUAAAAGACCCAACAGGAUGAACACAAUCCACACAGCUGUUCCAGCAACAAGAUGGCGUCAAGUUCCCUUCAAAAAAGAGUGUACACACCGUCAAGCCUUGUACUAGUCAGUUCUUUGUUAAUUUAUUUAAUUACAAUUCCAGGCUUCUCAGGACAACACAAUAUGUGGUUGAAGUUUAAUAAAACAUUUGACGUUUCACAAAGUUUCCCGUCUCUUAUUUCAUGUCA